UGUUAGCUAUUAGCAAGUCGAAAUAAAACACGUCAGUUUUACGAUCUAUUUUGAAUUAAAAUAAUAUUUAAAUAAUUAUUUAGCUCUAUUAUAAGCUUAGUAUAACACUAUUGCAUGUAAUUAUCACAGAUUGUCCAUUGUAAUCAAGGAUAUCUAAGGAUAAAUUACAAUGAAGAGGAUAGUUUUAAGUGUAUAUAUUAGUGUUAUCUUCUUCACUUUGGUACUUUGUUCUGUACAGCCUCCAAACAUAAGCCCAGGAAUAUUAAGCCAGUCUAAAUCACUCGGCGAGUGUCAAUCGUGUAAGUUGUUUAUAGAAUCAUUUAAAGCGGGAUUAGACAGAACAACACGGGGAAAAUAUGAAGGUGGAGAUGCCGCUUGGGAGGAAGAAAAGUUAAAAAAAUCAUACAAACGGAGCGAGAUGCGAUUAGUAGAUAUUCAAGAAGGACUAUGUAAAGAGUCAAAACACUCAAUUCAAUGCCACCAUAUAGCUGAAAAGGCUGAGGAGUUUAUUGAAGAGUGGUGGGCCCAAGAUCCUGAUGAAUCUGAUGAUUUAUUUAAAUAUAUAUGUAUAGACAAGUUACAAGUAUGCUGUCCCAAACACCAUUUUGGAAAAGAUUGCACACCUUGUCCAGGUGACCAUGAUAAUUUAUGUAGUGGCAAUGGGAAAUGCAGGGGUGAUGGCACCCGGAAAGGGAAUGGUACAUGCCUAUGUGAUCCCGGCUAUAUGGGAGAGAACUGCAACCAAUGUUCUUCUGGUUAUUAUUUGUCUUACAAGGAUAACAACAAAAUGUUGUGUUCUGUUUGUCAUCGAUCAUGUAUGGGUGGGUGUCGAGGAGGCACAGCCAAAGACUGUGUUGCUUGUAAAUCUGGAUAUUUGUUUGAUUCAGAAGAAGGUUGCAUUGAUAUAAACGAGUGUGAAGACUUAAAGAGAUGUAAUGCAGGCCAAUUCUGUGAAAAUAGAUUAGGCUCGUAUGCAUGUAUAGCCUGUGAUAAGUCUUGUAAUGGAUGUCAUGGAGGUGGGCCAGAUUUAUGCAGAAAAUGUGCAAAAGGAUACUCAAAAAAAGGAGAGUUGUGUAUUGCUGACAGAGAAGAUGAGGAUCAGUCAGAGACAUUAACUACAACUAGGUACAUCACAUACAUAGGACUGUUAAUAGCAACAGUAAUAUUACUUCCCAAGUCACCAUCACUUGGCGGCAUUGUUGGCAUCAUGGUAAUCUCAUAUAUCGUCGGUGCUGAAUACUAUUGUAUGAUUAAUGGUCACGCGGGCCUCGUGAAUAUGAAAGACUAUGAUUUGAUGCAACUAUUUCGCGCUUAGAUUAAGUGAUUUAUGAUGCAAAGUAUAUCUUCGUUUUUCUUAUUGCACACGUCUGUAACAUAAAUCAUGGUUGUUGGUACCUUCAUGUCUUGGUAAAGUGUAGCUUGGUGAUCGAGGGUUCGAUUCUCGGCGAAAUAAUAAUUGUAUAUAAUAUGGCCCUCGGCAACCUAUGCUUAUAAAGAUGAAGAUGAACUCGAGAAAUUUAUACAUUUUUUUUCAUUGUUUGGGAAUUGGAAUUAUUUGUUGUGAGUCCAAUUUAACACUUAAAGUUAUUGUGUGGAUCUUUUUUAUUUUCCUUUAACGAAAAUUCUGUGUAAGUGCCAAAAAUCGUAAAAAAAAUCAUGAAUUUUCAUUGACCUUAUGCAAACAUAUUCACUUUUCGUAAUGUCAAUAAUUACGCACAUUUCGUAGAUUAAAUUGUAAUUGUAAAAAUAAUUAAGAUGUGAAUUAAAGAUUACAGGUAUUUCAUUGGUAGCAUAAAUAUAUGUAUGAAAUAACUUUUAAUAAAAUUUAUCACUUUUAUUACAUUGUUUUUUUUAAAUAAUACGUUUAAAGAGUGUUUUAAAACUGAUCUAGUAGUUUGAUAAUGCUUGUUUUAUAUAUAUUAUAGUUCUUUUUCUAAACGAUGAAGAUUUUAUUAUGUAUUUUAUAAUAAAUUAUUUCGGUUUCAUUAAAAGUUAAUUUCAGUUAUUAACGAGUAAAAUUGU